UGCAAAGAAAGCACUCCGUGCUGCGGGGCGGGGAGGGGGCGGGGACCAGAUGCUGUUUUUAGCUAAGAAAAGUCCUGGCUGCUUUUCUUUACCACUCCACAGUGUUAAACGAAGGCUUGGAAGAAACAGUGACGAGGAACAAGGAAAGCAUAAAUGCUAGAGGUUAGACUGGUGGUGAAGGACUGGUGUCUUUGCUGUGCCUGAAUAUAUUCAGAGACCUACCUCAUCUUGGAAAUAAUUGUUUUUGAACAUAAUGCAUCUAAUUUGGUUAUAUGGAGAAAUUAUUUCUAGGAUUUCCUGAUAAUUCUGUUGUAAUACAGGAAUGCAAACUGGAAGUUUUACAGAUCAGUGUUACAUGUUUUGGUGUGUGUUUUUUCCUUUAUCUUUGAUGCGUUCUGUUACGUAGAAUUCUUUGUGAUGUUGAUAGAGGACGUCCAAAUAAUAUAGGGAAAAUAAUAUAACUGUCAGCCUACUAGAGUCAAAUACGCCGGGUUUGUGUUUUCCAAAAUUGAAGAAUGAGUUCUAAGGAACACAGGCUAAGAGUAGGAAAUAUUUCUUGAGAGGGAGAGAUAGGAGGAGGCCAGAGUGGGUUGCCGGGAUCUCACUUUACAGGGGAAGUUUUAUAGAGCAAAAUCACGGAAAGGAUAUCAAAUCAUAAGUUUGGGAGCGCAGGAGGUGACUGCAGGACCAGAGCCCAGCUGCGGGUUCCCAGCAUGGAUAACUACAUGGUCAUGAGAGUGAUUGGGGCGGGCUCCUUUGGCAGAGCUCUUUUGGUUCAGCAGGAAAGCAGCAAUCGGAUGUUUGCCAUGAAAGAAAUAAGGCUUCCCAAGUCUUUCUCUGAUACACAGAAUUCUAGGAAGGAGGCUGUUCUGUUAGCCAAAAUGAAACACCCCAAUAUUGUUGCCUUUAAAGAAUCAUUUGAAGCUGAAGGACAUCUGUAUAUUGUCAUGGAAUAUUGUGAUGGAGGAGAUCUAAUGCAAAAGAUUAAACAACAAAAAGGAAAGUUAUUUCCUGAAGAUAUGAUACUUAAUUGGUUUACACAAAUGUGCCUUGGAGUAAAUCAUAUUCACAAGAAACGUGUGCUACAUAGAGAUAUCAAGUCCAAGAAUGUCUUCCUCACCCAAAGUGGAAAAGUGAAACUGGGAGAUUUUGGAUCUGCCCGUCUUCUCUCUAGUCCCAUGGCAUUUGCUUGUACAUAUGUGGGAACACCUUAUUAUGUGCCCCCAGAAAUUUGGGAGAACCUGCCUUAUAAUAAUAAAAGUGACAUCUGGUCCUUGGGUUGCAUUCUGUAUGAACUCUGUACCCUGAAGCACCCAUUUCAGGCAAAUAGUUGGAAAAAUCUUAUCCUCAAAAUAUGUCAAGGGUCCAUCCGCCCACUGCCAUCUCAUUAUUCCUAUGAACUUCGGUAUCUCAUCAAGCAGAUGUUUAAAAGGAAUUUCUCACAGCGCCCUUCAGCUACCACCCUGCUUUCCCGAGGCUGUUUGGCUUCCCUCAUCCAGAAGUGCUUACCCCCAGAGAUUAUCACAGAAUAUGGAGAACAGGUAUUAGAUGAAACCAGAAUACAUAAGCAUCAUACACCAACAAAAAAGGACCCCAGCAGAAUCAGGACAGCUUUGGGAAAUGAAGCAAGCACAAUGCAACAGGAAAAACACAGUAGAAAGUACAGCCAUACUGAUUUUGAAAGCACUAAUACAAAUUCAGGUGAAAAUGCAUUGAGGAGAGAAACCAGAGGGAGAAAAGAAUCAGGUAAUCAGUCAGCCGAUCCCAGAAAAGCCAGCUCACCAAGUCCUCGCAGGCGACAGUGGGAGACAAAUGUACCCAGUACAGUCCUUUCAGCUUUGGAAAAUGCAUCCAUACUCACCUCCAGUUUAACAACAGGGGAUGACAGAGGUGGCUCUGUAAUAAUGUACAGUGAAAAUAAUACCCGUAAGCAGUGGCUCAGAGAGACUCCUGACACAUUGUUGAACAUCCUCAAGAAUGCAGAUCUUAGCCUGGCAUUUCAAACUUAUACAAUAUAUAGACCAGGUUCAGCAGAAUUCUUAAAAGGCCCUUUGUCAGAAGAAACAGAAGCAGCAGACAAUGUUGAUGGAGAUCUGGAUGCUGUCAUUUUGGAUCCAGAGAGACUGGAACCUCGGCUAGAUGAGGAGGACACGGACUUUGAAGAAGAUGACGAGAGCCAGGAUUGGGUGUCAGAACUGAAGAAGCGAGUUGGAUGGCAGGGCGUGGGUGAUGGAUAGUGCCUGUGUCAUGUGGGGAGGACGUUUCAAGUGAGGAACUCAUGUUUGGAAACAGAGUGAAGACGGAGAAACUGUUAAUAUUUAAAAUUCUUCUUCACUAGUAUGACUGAGUUUUUAACAAAUCUAGAAUUGAGCCAGGGAUGUAGUUCAGUGGUGCCACGCCUACCUGGCAAGCGAAGGUCCCAAGUUCAAUCCCUGGUACCA